AUGCCACCUCGUUGUUUCUUCAACCAGUGCCCGCACCCGGCGACCAACAUCAACGGCGUGUACAAGUGCGUGAACCACAGGUAUCGUGCCAAGUGCAAUGUCGAAGCCUGUCCAAAUCAAGCGUAUGCCCGCAACAUGUGUGUGCGCCAUGGCGGCAAGGCGACGUGCAAGGUCGAGACUUGUCAGUCCAAGUGCCGCGUGGGCGACUACUGCAUCCGCCAUGGCCCCACGGCCACUCGACCGCGCUGCAGUGCCGACAGCUGCGACAAACUGGCACACCCCGCCACCGGGAAAUGCUCCUUGCACGGUGGAGGCCAUCGGUUUUGCAAACUGGAGGGUUGCUUUUCAAAGGGCCAACACGGCGACGGCUUGUGCAGCUUCCACCGCCACGUCCAGCGAGCUCAAAUGCCAGCCCCAGAAGACACAACGGACGACAGUACGGACGACGACGAGGACAAUGCCGAGCUCAUGGCCCUGUUGAUGAACUCCGAGUGGGCGCUCGACAGUCUGUGUGUCCCUGAAAUCACACCACCGUGCAACACCAGCAUGGUUGACCUCCUGGACCCAAUGUUUUUGUUUUCGUCCGCAUUCUAGGUCGAAAUCCUAGCUAGUAGUACUUUAACGGGCGAAUGUUGUGAAUAUAUGUGUGAAGUUGACCAGGA